AUGGCCUGUGCACAGGCCACCCGCGAGAAGAGCGGGCCAUUCCCGUUCGCGGAGUCGGCCCUGCCCUGGCCGCUGGAGCACGUGGUGAUCUCUGCCCCCGGCGAGUCCGAGCGCAGAGAGCCACAGGGGGACUGGCUGUCCCUCUUCCGGAACGCGGCGCCGUACAUCGCUUGCUACCAGAGGGGUACUGUAGUUGUACACGUGGAUGCACCUCUUACCGACGACGCAAACGAGCGCGAAGCCUUCAAGGGCCUCAUGCAGGAUGUAGCGUUCUGCUCGUUGCUGGGCUUGCGCGUUGUCCUGGUUAUCUGCGUCGAGGGCCGCUUGACGCGGCGGCUCAAGGAGACUGGUUUGGAUUGCCAGCGAAACUUCUUGGGCAAGGAUAUCGGCGUGUCGGGCAACGAGCUGGAAGGCGUCAUCAUCGACGAGCAGAUCAUGAAAAUAGCCAAGCAG